AUGUUGGUUGAUGGUAGAAUAGAUGCAAGGAUAGAUAGGGAGUUUGGUAGAAUGCAUUUAUCGGAUGGUGAUGUUCCCUCUUCAAAUAGUGCUAGUGCCAUAGAACGGAUAAGAAUGACGGAAAAUGAAGGUGAUGAUGUGUUGGCAGGUUUACAGCAUGACAGUUUAAGUAUUCGAGGCAACCCUCUUAGGAUACCUAGAAUGAAAAUCAUUGGAGUGAGGUUUUUCUCUAAUGGCCAUGAAGCCUCAUCUAGCUUUGGUGGAAUUGCUGGCGGAAUUAAUCAAACCAUUGAGUUUAAAUCCCUAAGAGACGCUGACGGCCAUGGAACUCACACAGCGUUGACUGCUGCUGGAAGGCAUGCAUUUAAGGCCAGCAUGGAAGGCUAUGCCUCUGGAAUUGCUAAAGGGAUGGCACCAAAAGCAAGAGGUAUAUUUGUUUCAUCUUCAGCUGGAAAUGAUGGGAGUAAUGGAAUGUCAGUGACUAACUUGGCGCCAUGGCUGACAACUGUUGGUGGUGGCACAAUUGAUCGGGAUUUCCCAGCCGACGUAAUUCUUGGCAACGAAAGGAAAAUCAGGGGUGCUCUCUGA